AUGCCGAUGGCGGCUGGCAGCUUCUACCCUGUUCGGUUCAAUGUGCCUGGUCGAGAGAUCUGGCACGAACGGUUCGUCAUCCAGGGGGCACUCAUCAUGACUCCUGAUGGCGACGUCUACCACAAGGACCAGGUGCUCUCCAGGGACGUCAGGGGCAUCAAGCCGCUGAGCGGGCAGGGCGCCGCGGUCGACGGGAUCGAGGCGGCGAGUGUUUACCGCUUCAAGCGGCUCCCCACGGCGGUGCAGGUGUGGGACGCGCUGCGCGAGGCGGCGGCAGGCGGUGCUGCGGCGCUCCCGCACGAGGACUUCGCGCUGGAGCUCGGCGAGGGGAAUGUGCUCGGGAUGGCGCCUGGGCCGCUCUUCCUGCGCGACCCGCUCGCGGCCCCCGUGCCUGCCGCGGCGGGUCCGCUGGUGGCCGCGGCGCCGCCUGCGCUGGGGGCUGCCUCCGCGCCUCUCGCGCCUCCCGACCCCGUGGGGGAUGCGCUGGCCACGGCGCUCAGGCCUGGCACGGCCACGCCUCCUGCGGGAGAACCCCCGAGCAACGACUUCCGCGCCCUCGCGGUGGCGAGGGACUCGCGGGGUCGCCGCGACCGCUCCUUCGGCGACGCGCUCAAGGAGCAGACUGAGUGCGAGCGUGACGACUGGCCCGCGCUUGGGCCUCGGACGUUGCUCUGGGUCCUCCAGUUCAUGCUUCGGAUGGCUGGAGGUACUGUCGCGUGGCACACGCGGUGGCUCGCCGUCAUGGGCCUGGCCGAAGGCGACGAGGCGGCGAAACAGCACGAGACCAUCUGCCGCAUCCUGGAGACGUCGAUGGUGCACGACCAGCUCGUCAUCACCGAGCUGGCCAGCUUCGAGUAUCUUGCUCGGCAGCUGCAGCUGAUCGAGGAGAGGGUCUACGACGAGAAGACUCGCAAGGCAGCCGCCACGCUCAAGGGGCAGGGCAAGAAGGACUCCACACCCCAGGACGCUCUGUCCACGGAGGUCGGCCACUUCCUGGGGAUCGGAGAGGCGAAGGGUAACUUGUGCAUCUGCCCCGCGCUGAUGCAGUUUAUCGCAGAACAGAUGAGGAACGAGGCGGCGGCAUCGAAGGAACGACGCAAGGACGCGAGCUGGGAGGGGCCAGCCCCAGGGCUGCCCAGCUCGCCGAGCCCAAGGCCCCCCGCCUUCGCCAGCGGGAUGCUCUGCCGCUGCCGCCCCUCGACGUGGACGACCGUCUUCACGCCGUUAACGAUAGGCGCCCUCGCCAGCGCGCAGCUCGCGGCGCGGCCUGGCGCCGGUGGUGCAACGAGGGUAUCGACGCACUCAACUGGCUCCAUGAUCGUUAUGCUGCGGGACGUCUCGCGGGUGCUCUCUACGACCCCAGGCUACCAGAACGCCUCGCGGGUCAGACCCUGCGACAAGGCCCUCGUGGCCUGGCCUGCGCUCUCGGGGCCUCCCGUCGAGGUCAGCUCCGUCGCGCAGCAGGCCGAUGCCGCCCAGUUGCAGGGUUGGAGGCAGAGUAUGCUGAGAUCCGCAGGCGAGGUCGAGGAGCUGCAGGUGUCGUUAGGCGUUCAGCAGCCCUACGUCGACCCUCUGCUUCGUGAUCCUCGGAAUUAUGCUGGGUUUUUGAACGCGAUGCUGCAGCGCCACAUGAUCGAGUGGACUGUGGCGUCACCUCCUUCUUCCCCCCACUCGGUCGGGAUUUUCUUUGUCGGGAAGAACGGCGGCAAGCUGAGGCUAGUCUUCGACACGAGGGUGGCGAAUACUUAUUUCAAGUCUCCUCCGAACACCGUGCUGCCUACCCCAUCGGCCCGGGCCUCCCUCGAGUCGUCAGACGACUUCUAUGCGGCCCAGGGGGGCAUCCAGCGCGCCGUCUACCACGCGGCGGUGCCGCCCGACCUCGGGGACUUCUUCCGACUGCCCACUAUCUCCAACCGCUUCGUGGGCCUGAAGACCGUCGGCUCCCUGAGCGCGGGUCGCCACUUCCUCCUGCAGUCCGUUGUGCGCGCGGUGCCCAUGGGCUGGGCUCGGGAGCUGGCGCAGACGCUGACCUCCAGAGGCUUGCCCGUGCACGAUUUCACUGAGGCCCAGACGGAGGGCGUCUUCACGGGCAUCCAGUUCUCGGGCAAGACAGGGAUGCUGCGCGCGAGGCCCGACCGCCCCGCCCGCCUGCGGCAGGCCACCCUGGCCCUCUUGAGCCGCGGGUCUGCGUCGCGCGGGGCCCUGACCUCUAUAGUAGGUCACGCCGCGACGUGGGCCAUGAUCAUGCGGAGAGAGUGCCUGUCGAUAUUCAAUGGUGUUUAUCGUUUCAUUCAAGUCGCGGGUCCCACUCCCAUGAAGCUAUGGCCCUCAGUCCGACAGGAACUCUCAGCCGUGGCCGCUCUGUUGCCCUUGAUGUGGGCGUCCUCUCGCGCGCCUUGGCUAGGCACCCUCUACGCCUCAGAUGCCUCGCCGCGCGGGAAGGGUGCGCGCAUGAAAAAGCUGGACCCCCUCGUCGUCUCGCCCACGGGCCGCGUUGCUGAGAAGUGGAGGCACAGAGUCUCGCAGGCGCUUUCUGCCAGGGCCCACGCGUUCGAAGGUGGAGGAGGUGAUGAGGGCGCUCAAGAUGCUGCUGUCGGUUGCCCGUUGCCGUCGGACGUGCUGCACGGGGAGGGGGGCCUCGACUCCGUCUCGGAUUCCGUCGAUGUGCCGUCGGUGCUGUACGAUUCGGAGGAUUGGGUAUCAUUCAUUCCAGUCGUCAUCGCCGCAUGGGUCUCAACAUUCUGGACUUCGAAGCUGAAGCAGGCGACCAGGCCCCCGAGUGCAGCCCAGGCGCUCGACGUCCAGCGGUCUCUUCGACACCCAGGGCUGCUGCAGUUGCCGAGGGGGGAGACUUCGUUCCUCGAGAACGCCGCGGUGACACAGCGGACACGGGAUUCCUACCACGCCCACGCCGCCCGCUUCCACCAGUGGUGCCCGUGGACGGGGCAGUCGUUCGAGACUGCCGCCGAGCUGGACGCACUGCUGCUGGUCUUUUUCGGGGACCUCUGCCUGGACGGGUUCGCCACCGCGACGGGGCGCAUGACGAUGGCCGCCCUUCGCCACCUGUUGCCGCACGUGCUGGCGGGCCCCCGCGCUCUGCCGAGAGCCGCGCGGGCUCUCAAGGGCUGGAGCCGCCUAGUGCCGCCGCAGAUGCGGCUCCCGCUGCCGCGCUUGGCGAUGCUCGCCGUGGUCGGCCUCCUGAUUCAGGACAGGAGGUUCGCGGAGGCGGUCUUCGCGAGGCUGGCGUUCGACGCCUGCCUCAGGCCCAGCGAGGCCUAUCGCCUGGUGGCGGCCAGCCUGGUGGAGCCGCGCGCGGGGUCAGUCGACGGCCAUCAGCACUGGGGCAUGAUCGUGAACGAUGCGACGACGGGCGGCCCUGGCAAGACGGGUGCGACCGACGAGAGCGUCAUCAUCGACAACGCGAGCUUGUGGCCCUUCCUCCAGGGCUUGAAGCGCCACCGCGCUCCGAUGGAUCCGCCGUGGAGCUUCGCGCCCUCGGUGAUCCGCCAGGUCUUCCGCGAGGCGUUGGUCAGGCUCGGCAUCUGGGACGGCGUCUCGACCCUGUACACGCUCAGGCACGGGGGGGCAUCCGACGACCUCCUGUCGGGCCGCCGCUCGAGGAAGGAGGUCAAGGACCGCGGGAGGUGGGCCACCGACGCCCCCCUCAAGCGCUACGCCAAGCGGCCUCGGAUGCAGCAGCUCAUCGCCGCGCCCCCGCAGUACGCGGCGGCGCUGGGCAGCGCCGUGGACGGGCGCGAGGCAGAGCUCAUCUCGACGAUGACGACUACGGGGGCGCGUUCGCUGCCGCCUCUGCAACCCGACCUGCCGGCUGCGAAGCGGCCCAAGCGGGUUCACGCCCCCCAGCUGAGCCGCAGGUGGCGCUUCGGUUGA